GACGAUGGUGUUGGAUGUUGAAUCUUUUUAUAGACGAGAAGAAAAAAGUUUCAGUUCAGAGCAGAAGAGACAACGAGGAUACAGAAGGAGAAGCAGGAGGAACAAAGAAACAAGAGAAGGAGAAACAGGAAGAGGAUAACCAAAGGAGAAAUAGAGAAGGAGGAGAAACUGAUAAAAAAAGGAGGAGAAUUAGGAGGAGCUGUGAAGAUGGAGGAUGUUGUAUAGAUUGUAAAUCUGUGAUUUUGGACAAAUAAAACUGAGUCGACUGAAAAAGGAGGAAGUGAAGGAAAAGAAGAGAGAACGUUUGACUGGAGACGUUAUUUUGACUCUUUUUUUGAAGGAGAUUCUCUGAAGACGUUUUCUAAACUUCACCAGAAGAAAACGACCAGCAGACCUCAUCAUGAUGAGUGAAGAGAAAAAUACAAACUCAGCCUGCUGUCAAACUACUGAGACUGAAACACACCGAGUACUGAGCCAACACCUGGGAAAGGUAACGGCAAGAUGUUGAAUGCAGCACAGCAGCUGUGUUCAGGGCAUCCAUCAUGGACAAUGUGACACCUGGCAGCCUUCCAGGUGAGACGCACCUGAGGGACUACAACUACCUGGCCUUGGUCCUUGGUGUCCCCCUAAUCCUGGUCAUCAUCCUGGGGAAUAUCCUGGUGUGUCUGAGUGUGCUCACUGAGCACUCCCUGAAAACUGCCACCAACUACUUCAUCAUCAGCCUGGCAGUGGCCGACCUGCUGCUGGCUGUGCUGGUGCUGCCGCUCUACGUCUACUCAGAGUUUCUGGGAGGUAUCUGGACGUUGAGCACCUACAUCUGUGAUGCUCUGAUGACCAUGGAUGUGAUGCUGUGCACCGCCUCCAUCCUCAACCUGUGUGCCAUCAGCGUGGACAGGUACAUCGCAGUGGUGGUCCCUCUGAAGUACAACAGGAACCAGUUCAGUGUCCGUCAGCUGGCUCUCAUCACUGCUACCUGGGUGCUAUCUCUGGGCGUGGCGAGUCCGGUCAUCUUUGGUCUAAACCAGGUGCCGGGUCGUGAUCCGAGUGUGUGCAAACUGGAGGACGACCGGUUCGUGGUGUACUCGUCCGUCUGCUCCUUUUUUGUGCCUUGUCCCGUCAUGCUCUUCUUGUAUUAUUGGAUGUUUCGAGGCCUGCGGCGAUGGAGUGGUCGGAGUCGAUCUCAGGCAGGUCGAGCCGGUCGUCGAGCUCUCUCUUUACGCCUCGGAUCGGCUUUAUGGCGAGCUAAAGCCACGACAACUGGGAGUCGAGAGAAAGUUGUGUACGCCACGCCGGCCAGCCUCAGCCCCACCUCCCCAUUUACCAUCUCCAUGACAACACCCUCUGCGAUGGAGGAGCAGCAGGAUGGGGCGAUGGUCGUGUCAGAGAGCGACCCGAUGACAACGCAGAUGGACAGUGUGUCGGACGGUGAACCCACAGAGAGGAGGGAGGGAGGCAGCAGGAGAGAGAACGACCUGAUGAAGACAAACGCAGCAAAGAGAGGAAGAAGAAACAGUAAGAGCAGCAGAGUCAGCAGGAGGGAACGGAAAGCCAUGAAGGUCCUGCCUGUUGUCGUUGGUGUGUUUCUGGCCUGUUGGACACCUUUCUUCGUCGUCCACGUUACCAAGGUGUUGUGUCAGUCAUGUGACAUCGGCCCCACCCUUAUCUCUGUGGUAACUUGGCUUGGCUACGUCAACAGCGCCAUCAACCCGAUCAUCUACACUGCCUUCAACGCUGAGUUCAGAAACGUCUUUCACAAGCUGCUUUGCUGUCGGACAUUAAACUAAAACUGUCCUCAAACUGUCCUCAGGUUGUCUUCAGACCAUCCAGGAUAUUAUUAUCUUGUCUCCAGAGCUGAAUGUACUUUAAAAAAACCCAAAAUAUUAAAAGAUUCAUCCUGUAAACUGUCCGUCACCAACAGGAAGAAGAAGGUUUCUGACCAAAGCCUUUUAGAUCUCAGCUGGACUGAAACACUCUCUUAUUUUGAAGUUUUUUUUCAUGUGUCAGUCUUUUAUUUUGAAGGUUUUAAUCAUGUGUCAGUUAUUGUUAAAGCAGAGCAGUAGUCAGAUUACUCUCCACAUUACAGCCCAGAGGCAUAAAAUAUGUGAAUGUGUGCAGAAUUAUAAAUGUUCUUUGGUAUCUAAGUAUUUUAAUGUUGAUAUUGUUUUAAAGGUGCAGGUUUUACAGAACAGUGUCGCCUUAUUUUUAUUGCUUUUACAGAAAAGUGUUAAUUAACAUAUUUGUGACUGAAGCAGAAAGCAUGAAGAUGAUUAACCAAUAUAUUGAAAAACAAAAAACUGAAUGUUUGCAUCAGAGUUUGUGUUGAAGACAAACAGAAAUAUUAUGGUGAAGUUUAUUUAAGAGGAAAAUCUUGUUUGUAGUAUUUUUAUCUGUGAAGUGAAGGUGAACGUGAUGAAAUGUAGCUGAAACAACAACAACAACAACAAUCUUUGUCAUUAACAGAAAAAUAAAGAUAUUUAAGAAAUUAUUAUUAGUUUAUUUUGAUGAAACCAGAUGAGAAUUUUAUUUAGUAACUAAAUACAUUUAAUCUGUACUUCUGUAUUAACAUCGGAUCCAGCUACUUUUGUAAAUCCAUUAUAGGACAUAUGGCUUGAGGUCUGGUAACUGUGAAGAUUCAUAUUUUAUAUUCAGUAUGCAACCCUGUAUCCUAAAAAGUGCAUUCAAAUAUAAAUAAAUUAUUGUAGCAAACAUA